UCGCCAUCCAAGAUGGCCGUCGCCAGGAGUGAGCUGCAGUGAGCGCGGUGUGAUGCCGGUGGCAGCGGCCCAGGCGAGACGUGCAGCGCGCGAGCACAGGGCCGGCUGGCGGCCGCUGUCAUGCGGCGGGCGCUGAGGCCGCCGGCAGCAGCAGCACCAGCAGCGAGGCCGGCAUCGGCCGCCGGCCACCAUGGCCGGCUGGCUGGCGGCGCGGCUUGACGCGCAGCUCGGGGACCUGUCGCAGCGCUGGCGGCGGUGUCUCGCCUCUCUGCUCCUCUUCACAAUCAUCCUGACCAACAACUUUGGCGUGUCCAGCUCGCGGACGGACGUGCGGAGCGGCCGGCCGCGCUGCCCGGCCGGCGCUCCGCUCCCGCUGCCCCAGUGCCUUGAGGACAGUGACGGCCGCAGUGCGACCGACCCCACCGGGUCGCCGCCUCUCCCCGGCCUCAACAGUUGUUGUCAAAUCAAUUUUUAUGAUGCGUUGAACUGCACAGCCAGCCUGUCGGACGGCAGGACCAGCCAAGACUGCCGUGAGCGUGUGAAAUUAUUGCAGGAGCGUGAUAGGCUAGUUGAAAUGCAUUACGCCAAUUUCGUAUCAAUUGUGGACCGACUCGACUGCACCGACACCUACUCAGUGAUUUAUACUUGCUCUCAAUGUAAGGAGGCGUACCACGACUGGCUGUGCGCCAUGUACGUCCCGUUCUGCGGGUCCGAGGGCCGCCGGCUGCGGCCGUGUCGCAGCCACUGUCAGCGCGUGCAGCGCGUCUGUCCAUUCUUCCUGCCGUCGGAGAGAAAAUCGGCCGCCACGCAGUACGCCGGCGAGCCCGCCUUCUUCUGCGACGACCCCGACAUUCCGGACAUACCACCGUUCACCACCGGCUCCACGUACGGCGACCCGGACUGCUGUUACCACUCGUGCUGUGUGCGGCCCGACCAGCCCGAGUGUAGUGCGGACACGUGCAGCGCGGCGGCCGCCUGUCCGGGCCAGGCGGGGCCGCCGCCGCCGCCGCCGCCCGCCGCCCCCGCCUCCGCCGGCGCCUGGGCGGUGCGCUUCAAUCAGCUGCAGAGACACUCGCCGGCGGCCAAGGGUCCGGCCUGGCUCGGUCUGGGUCCGGCCUGGCUCGGUCCGGGUCCAGUUUCCCUCGGCCAGGGUCCAGUUUUCCUCGGCCAGGGUCCGGCCUGA